AUGCAGCACAAGCAGAUGUGCCACAAAGCAAUCGUGGAUGCCUGGAUUUCGAAGGGAGGAUUGGAUUUUUCAGCUGCGCCUGACUACUUGGUGGCAGCAACGUUAUGGGUGAUGCUCUGACUAGAAAAGCUGCGUAUGAGUAACAUACAAUAGUAACAACUAAGAUGGCGGCGCUGCCAGUACAGAAGCUUCAGAUAAUCUUCUCUAUCUCAAUUUGAUUUUGAUAGUUACUAGCUUUUCCUUUUCAUCGUUCAUCAUCAUCCGUUGUUUGAGUUGAAUGUGCAUGUGAUGACUUCAUCCCCUCUAAGGCCGACCUCCACCGGCGCCACCUCAAGCAGUCAACACACCAGACGCAGAAAGCUCUACCUCGACUCGCCUCAGCGUGAUGCCUUGCACCGUGACGCUUUCCAACGCCGUUUAGAUCGCAGAAACGUACGCCGUUUGAUGUCCCGGGAACGGAAAUUUGUUGCUGGUGGCAUGCUAGAGGAGAGGCGAAGUAGACAAUUGCAAUCUACAACAUCUGCGUACAUCCACCCCUCAGUGUCUCUCCGCACUGCGGGAAACGACAGUCUAACACUGAUUCCACCUUUCAACGAUCAUCCGAACGCCACUCAAUUGUGUGGUGAUGAGUACGGUGAAUUAUGUCCUUGUGACCCCAUUGUUGAUGGUGACAGCUGCAUUGGUGGAACGAUGAAUGGGGUGAGCUAUUUCGUGCGAUUACCCGCAGCUGGUCUACUGCGCGAUAAAAAGAGUAGUCGUGGACCUGGUGGUAGUGCCAACGUGGAAGACUACAUCCCUGAUCUCCUCAACGCCACUUCUCAAGACAGCAUCCAAUACCCGACCGAUGUCGCGCCGCCUUGUCCGGAUUUCACUGACAUACAAGGUCAGAUCCUUGAGAAAUUGACCAUGAAGGCCAAUGUUGCGGAGUUGACUCAGCACGACAUCAAUCUGCAUGCACAAGCUUUAGCACUAGCUAUUGAUCCGGAAACCGCUUUCGUGGAUUUCUCAAAACUGUCCCCUAUAGCAGCUGAUCUCUUCGAGGAGCUGGUAACGAGACCAUGCGUACCUCUCAAAAUGCUGCAGAAGAUGACUAGGGAAAUGACGAUCCGACAAUUUCCAGUAGACUUGUAUGAGGCAGAGCAAGCGUGUUUGAGCGGUAAAAUGCGCUGUCAUUUGCUGCCAGCUGAAAUCACAAGGCCUACGUUUGUAUGACAGAAAAAAGUGUACUCAUACUCAAGAAAAGAGGUUCUUUCCUAUUUAGAAAGUGCCUACUUUCUUGAGGAUGAGUAAACUUUUUCGUUUCAGAGUUUGCGGAGACGGUUUACAUGGAGACGGCGGGAUUAAGGAAAGAAGGGUAUGGAGUGGCAUUUCUUGAGAAAUUCAAGUUUCAAGUUUUAUUUGUUUUCUACUCACCUAAAAUUGACGGUAGUAAAUCAUCAUCCUUUCCUUCGUCGUUUUUGGUUAGGUCUUUUUUUUACAGAUUUGAGGACUCGCAACACGUUUCCCUGUCCCCUUUCAUCCCCCCAACCUCGCCGCCAACGCUGAGACCUUCGAUCUUGCGCAAAUCUCCGACUUCCGCAAACAAUGUGAGGAAUCCGAGGAACCUACAGAUGCUGAUUACUGUUUGAUGGCUAAGAAUAUCCUGGGUAAUGUGGGGAAUAAAUGUGGCUCAUCAAUCGAGAUGAACCGCUUAACGGCUGAGGACCUCCACAGUCUCGCAACUCCAAGAGGUGGCGCCAUCUCCGAACUCUGGCUGCAACCCGAUCGGGAAGGUUUUGUGACCGUGCCUCAAUGCGCGGUGUAUUUCGGUCUUGUGAAACGAGGGAUGACUGCGGAAGACGCUAUGGAUUUUUGCCUAUUGAAAACUCGUGUACCUGGGAAAGUGGCAGUACGGGAUCUCGAGACACCGUCGCCGGCAGACGCGGUGGCGCAGGCGAAGAACGGCUGUCCACCACCUGCUUCGGGAGGGAAUGAAGCGAACUUGCUGUUAUGGGUGGUGGUGCUAGUGGUUGUUACAUGAUGGCUGUCGUGUGGAUCUGGAUGUGAGUUUUUUUUUUUGAUUAUAAUAUCUUUUUGUUUUUUUCUAACUCUCCCCGGCAUCGGGAACGCCGUCUCCAUUGCAGAGUCGGAAAACGUGCAGGAAGAGUCAACUCUCGGCAGAAGGCAACGUGAGGGCAUGCUGAAAGCCCGAGAACAGUUAAGGCUGUACCUAAUACAUCUUUGGACGUAUCCUCGAAAGAUGAAUUACGGACAGCUCUAAAACAGAUUUCAGCCUUAUUCGAGGACGAUUUGUACAGCUCCAGACGACGGCGUCGGUUAGCGGAAUCGACUCUAGAGAGUGACAAGGUCAACGGUGCAGACAUCUUGCAAUUGAUCCAGAACAGUGAACCGGUGAGCCUCUCAGAGCAAGGUUUGCAUUUGGAAGAGGUGGACGCUUUUGUGGAGAUGAUAUCUGAUUUGAAACCAGUGCUUUUAGCUUAAGGGUAGGGUAAAGGUGCUUUUGUUCCCGCUUUUUAUGCCUCUCCUAAGGGAGAAAGGCAGACAGAGCGGGGUCCACGAGCACCAAGCCCCUACCUCUAAUUAGCUCAGCAUACGAAACUGGAAAGAACUUUGAACGGUGUCGACACGGGAGUGGGGGUGAAUUACUUAGCUGGUACUGCGUCUUCGACUUCGAGUUCGACUGGCGCAACAGUGCAGCAUUCGCAGAUGGAUGAAUACCUACUGCUGAACGCCACAGUCGAAAUCUGCGACGCUGCGUCCAGUGCCCUGAAUCGUGCAGCGGGGAUGCUGCGCACAUUAGAGCACGACGCUCGCAAUACGACGGUGUACGCGACAAGCACAGCGAGUAGCUACUACUCGAUCUCGUACUUACCGGAUACGACGAGAGGAGCGCAGAUGCCAGGGACCGGAGCAGCACAUCCAGAUAGGCUGACAGUGGCAGAGGAAAAGGGUGUAGCAAAAUGCGUGACGGAAUUGCUGAAUUUGCCAGAGAGGGGGAUCAAGAAGGAGCUGGCCGUUUGUGUGGAGGAUUAUUAUGUUGGAAGAGGAGAUACUGAUACAAAGUCUCAAUCUCAUUCUCAUACUCGUCAAUCCCAUUGCGCAUUUAGAUAUACUAGAUUCAAGUUCUUCUUCUUUGGAGUUGAACCUGAAGAUGCAUCUUCCUCCUCUUCUAAUGCUCCGUCUCCUCCGCAACCAGCAACCAAGAUGAAAGCCUCUUACUCGCCGAAUGGGACGCAUUGACGGAAGGAUGUGCCGCAGAUCCUACCGGCUGUGUCGAAAAAAGCUGUUUUGACAAGCCUCCAAAGGUUCUUGGAUCUACGUUGUCUGCAGCUUCUGGAGGAUCCUCUGCUAGUAGUAACGGUCCUCCCGUCUCCUGUCACUUAGAAGACCCCAAUGCAGUAUUUGAGGUCGAUGCUCCGCUGAUUGGGAGUCGAAGAAGUCGGUUGCGACGGCAGAGGAGGCGGAGGCGGCAGCUGAGGGAGCAAAAUAGCAAGUCCACCAGCAGAGCCCUCGCUCCAGAAGACACUACCAUCCCCUCUGAAGUGAAUGCGAUUGGGCAACUGACACCACUGCCACUCGGACAUCCUCUCACCGCUGAUUGCUACUUCAUACAGACUGGAUGCAUGCCUCAUCAAGUGGACUUCCAUAGUUUCAAACGCGAAAUCUUUGACUUAAUCGCGGAAGGAAGUGCAAAUAACGCACAGGCUGGUGCAGUGUAUAAGCAAGGUAUCGAAGAUAUCCUCCUGGCGGGAGGUGGGGGGAAGGUAUUAUAAAUUUAAUUCCUUCACUUAUACUUUGAGCGUUGGUGGAUUAGUAGAGUAGUGUUCUCAGUCCCUUUCCUUACAUUUGAGCGACUCGGGAUUGCUGGUGGUUACUCAUAAUUCUCAUACUUCUUCGACUUUCAAUUGCAUUCUUUUGAUCUCGAAUUUUUGAUCUCGAUUAUUAUAUAUAACGUGAACUCAUCUCCACAAAAAUGGCAAACGGACACCCCCAACGACCACUACAGACCCUCCUCACCGACAGUUAAGGCUUACCCUAAUCCAUCUUCUGAAGCAUCUUAGACCUGGCUCGUAAGGGGGGAAUAGGUCCAAGAUGAAUCCCGCGAUGGAUUAGGGUGAGCUCUAAGACAGUGAAGUCCACCGUGCCCUCAACGCAGGCGAACGCCUAAUGGACCAGCGACAGGGAAACUGCAUGCCCUCUGAGAAUUGUGACCCCUACGCCGCUGAUGCUAGUGUCAGCGAAGACGAGAUUGCACAAUUGUUCAACUUUUUGGACAAAGCGGGCACCGGUUGUAUUGAUCCUCCUGUGGACGAUACGUUUGAUUGCGACUCCCUAGGUCCUUCGGAUCUCUCCAUGGUCGAGGACGCAGACGACGAUGGUACUCCGGAUAGUAGUGUCAUUUCGGCGCCAACUACGUUGGAUGGAGAGUACACGAACAGUGGUGCAGAGAAGCUGCACUGGCCGGCUUUGUGUCGGGAGGCUAAGCAACUGUCGAAAAAGAAGAAGAAACUGGACAUGAUGAUGGAGAAAAUGCUGGAGAGGAGCGGAAACGCAGCUGCGAGAGCGACAUUGAGACGGAAACUGUCAUCUACAAUUGUCGGACUUGUUGGAGAUGGAGCUGACCUCCACGAAAGCGACGGCUCUUUGGCUUUGGUUAGACGGUUAGCAGGACAGGAGACAACUUCUUCUCCUGGAGAAUCAACCAAUCAUGCAGGUGCUGCCCCUUCAAUGUAUCUUCCACCAGGUGUGAUUUUCCAAGACCCUUUAACUGGUGGUCCGGAUCAUGUGAUGCAAGCACUGACAUCUCCUUCUAGUGGUUCAACACCUGGUAGUACAACAUCUCUUAAGGGUAGGUUAAAGGUGCUUUUCUUACCGCUUUUUAUGCCUCUCCUAAGGGAGAAAGGCAUAAAAAGCGGGGUAAGCGAGCACCAAAAACCUACCUCUAAAUCUCCUAGUAGUACAACAGCCACAACCUGCAAGGAGUACCGCGAAGCGAUGCUCCUCCCUGGUGUGUCCACGGCGAGUCUGACGCUUUUGCGGCAGACUGCUGAUGAAUGCGAACACAGGAUUGACCGGUUGCGCAAGGAUGUCAGACUCGAUGUGACAUUGUUGUCCAACGUUCUAGCGGCCGAAGCAAGUGGGAACGAAACCCAAGCAAUCCGGAACUUGGUUGAGGACUUAGCUAUGGGCUUACCAGGGUUUGGAACGGCGUUUGACUAUGCUGAAGCGUGUAGCAAGAUACCGUCGUUUCUAGGAUACAAUACGGGUGCGGACUCGGAUGGGGACACGCUCAACGAUCCUGAGGAGUUGGCGCACUGUCUGAUCAAAGUCAAAGACAUGAUCAUGGAUGUCGACGACCAUUUACUGAAGCGGUUGCAGCAAUUGAGGAACGGAGGUGCUAAUUUGAAGGAACUCAUGAGAGAAAAUAUGGCAAGAAUAAAUGUAGUUGAUAAAACUUUCCUGGAUUUAUAGUCUACUAGAACACACUGUUCUUGAUACAUUUACAUCAUCGUGAUCGUGUAAAUUGCUUAAAAAGUGAAAGUAAAACUCGUCCUCCUGCUCAGACUCCUCAAUCCCAAACCCGACCACAACAUCUUUUCUAUCCUCUCACUCCCCACCACAUCUUCCGAGCCCCAUUUUCAUUACCAUCGGCACCUUCCCCUCUGCAUCGGCAGCACAAGCUGAAAAACGGGAGAUGGCCAGAAUACCUACAGUGUGCUACGAGGAGUGCGCUGACCCGCAUCCAGCAGAUCGGCCUACGCCGAUGUGUCAAGUAGCGCGCACGUGUGAACUACUGCAGAAUUAUGAAAUGAGACGUUCACGUUGGUAAUGUUGAUUGUAAAUAGUGAUGGUGGAAGUUCCUAAUAGUUGUAGUACCUGAAAUAACACGUUGGCAAUGGUAACUAGUGGUAGAAGUACUUACCUACUUAGAGGAGUUGUAGUUUGUUCUCUUGAAGAAAAUUUCCUAGAACAGCUGCACAUCACAGUGUAGCAUCUUCGCACCUCCUCCUAUCCUUUCAUACUCUACGCGGCAGUCCAGAAAAACUUCAGGAUGGUCGACGCAAACAGAAGCAGAGUCGCCGACUCAGACGUAGAAUGCAGAUGUUGGAGAUGGGCGCACCGUCAGCACUAGUCAGCAAUAAACAACUACAGCUAGUAGAUCAUGAGGUAGUAGGAUCGCCAUCUUGGACCAAGAGGCAUGCUUUCCGCAAUAAGCGUGGCGCGCACCGCCAAAUAGCUGCCAGAGUGCUAUCAUCUAGAAAUAGGCGACACGGACACGUGUCCUACAGAACACCUCAACAGAGGCGGUCGUUGAGAAAGCGAUUGGCUAAGGGUCGAAGAUUCUAGUGGAUGUUGACGGUGGAGAUGCCUAAGUGUAGUUCCUUGUACUCUUCUUGUUGAUUCGAAUAUAUUCUGUAUGUAUGGUUCUGGUGUUUGGUAACCUGAAUUGGAUCCUAAGGGUUCUCUUCUUGUUUUCCCUUAUGAUCAAAUUCAGGCUAUACCAAAAAUACCGGAAGCAUUCACUGCACUUUGUAGCUUAGAUCUUCUUGGAAAAUAAAAACGUGAUAGAAAUGCUCUUGUAAGUAUGUCAGCACAAGUACGUAAUUAAUAUAUCAGUAUGUGGAUGAGACUGUUGAAUUCCUCAUGUAUAUUUAUAAAGUUUUACUUUUGUAUGUCAUGAGAGCAGUACUACUCAAUCUUCGUACGUCGUAUGAAAUUAAGUAAACGUUAUAAUCUGAUAUGCUCAAAGAAGGACGACUGAGUUCUUUUUAGGAUGUUUUCAAUUCUAACAAUCAAUAAAAAAAAAACCAUGAAAACCCAACAAUCAAUAUCAAAACAAGUUAAGAAGAUACUAUUCGUGAUCGCGAAAUCUUCAAAACUUUUUACCGCCUCCAGAGAUGAAGCAGUUGCUGAAGUAGCUCGAUUUUCUUAGUUUUUCUGGUAUUCUCCUUACUCGAACUUGUGUCGUGGUCCCCGCCGGGAAUGAUAUAGGACUUCGAAGUCGAAAAGAAUAACAAGACAGAUGAGCAGUCGAAUCUGAUUCCUUCUUGUAUUUAUCGUUUUGGUCGUCGCGAAAUGUAGUAGUUGGCUCGAUUGAUUCGUCAAACGUAUGAAAUCGUCGAUGUUACGAGGAAGUCUCAACUGCCGACAGG